UUGCAGCUAACUAUGGACCAAAUCCAAUUUGCAAAGGUUGCUUAUCUUGUUCAAAGGAUAAUGGGUGCAUCAGAUGCCAGCACAAGUUAUUCUUCUUCCUGCGAAGAGAAGGGAUGAGGCAGUACGGGGAAUGCCUGCACUCCUGCCCGUCGGGCUACUACGGACUGAGAACGCCAGACAUGAACAGAUGCUCAAGAUGCAGAAUAGAAAACUGUGACUCCUGCUUUAGCAGAGACUUUUGUACCAAAUGCAAAAGUGGCUUUUACUCACACAGAGGCCGCUGCUUUCGAGGAUGUCCCGCUGGAUUUGCAGCCUUGGAAGAGCUUAUGGAAUGUGUGGAAGGCUGUGAAGUGGGUCAAUGGAGUGAGUGGGGAACUUGCAGCAGAAAUAACAAAACUUGUGGAUUUAAGUGGGGCCUGGAAACGAGAACAAGACAAAUUGUGAAGAAGCCAGCAAAAGAUACAAUACCAUGUCCAACCAUUGCAGAAUCCAGACGGUGUAAAAUGGCCAUGAGGCAUUGUCCAGGAGGGAGAAAGCCAGCAAAAACGAAGGACAAAAAAAAGAAGAAAAAGAAUUUGAUGGAAAGGGCUCAGAAGCAGCACAGCAUCUUUUUAGCAACAGAUAAAACAAGCCAGUAAAGACUUGAAUUUCCUUAAUGUAUUUUUUUUUGCAAAGUGCACAAAAGCUGCUAUAUGCUCCUGCCCAUGGAUGCACUACAAUUCAGCUGCUUUGACAGUAUUGGUGGCAAAUAACUUGUGAAAAUAAAGCCCACAAGCUUGUUUGCUUUAUUUAUAUAUUUUUUAUUUUAUAUUUUCCUCUCAUUUUUGACCUGAAGACUUCAAGGUCAGGAGUGCACUGAGUUGGAUCAGUGGAAGUUGUCCUGAAGUGCAUCAGCAACAUUGUUCUGAGUGCCUGGUCAACAUGUUGGCAAGGAAAGAAACCUACACAGCACUAGGAGGUGGACUUGUGCAUAUUUAAAUAAACAGGGGGAAAAGGAAGUCUUGGAGGUACAAUUGGAUUUAUGGCCUUUGUUUCCUAUAUUUGUACAUUUCAAGAGUAAAUGGAUAUGACUUACCUACGGAGUGGUAAUGUACAUUGUUCUCACAUCUGCUACGUUGACACAGUUGUGAAAUAAAACUGCUUUAAGACAACGUGCUGCAGGAUUCACUGCUCAGACUCACCCAAGCACAACAGACUGUGUGUACAUAUUACUCUGUCUACAUAUAAAUGAACAUAUUUACUGUACAUCUAUGCAUUUUUAUGUAUAAUACUUUAUACAUGUUUAAAGGUAUGUUCUGUUGGUUCUAGUAAUGUACUUUAAAUAAUCCAGUAAAUGUUUACUUUUUGCUAUGUUUUAACUAUCUUAUCAUGUUUCUCAAUAGUUACAAACUGGAUUUUUUUUCUCAUUUGCAAGGCACACAUUUGCAGAGCUACCUUGCACUGACCCACACAAUGGAGUGUCAACUCUGAAGUAUAAUUGCCAGACUAGUAAUCCACAAAUUCUUUCUGAAAUUCAGUACUUCUGUCUCUGCCCCCAUGUAUUUUUUCUCAGAAAAAGAAGUUUAAUGUUUUUUAAGACGAGGCAUGAUGAUGAUAGAAGUUUUGAGUGUCAGCAGAGAAAUUACUUGUAAAGUUCUUGGUAUCUAAGACUGUAUAUGUAGUUUGGGAUAUGUUUUUUUUCCCCCAAUGUAAUGCAGUGUUUUAUUUCAGUUAGCCCUGAUGCAGUCAGAUAAGAAAACAAAUAAUUUUUCUCCCUGAAUAAGAGAGAAACAAAAUAAAGGUCAUGUAAGGUCAACCAUUCAAAAGUACAGAAAACACCAGUUCCCCAGUAUUGCCGAUUAUUUGUAGAAGCUUAACAAAUUUAUUCUGCAGCUGUUGUUUGCUUUGGGAUAUUUUUGGGGGGGGAGAGGUAGAGACAAUUUUCUGUGUAGGACAUUAAAAUGGCACAGGAUAUGUAAUUUGGUAAUCUAGCAUCAUUGGGCUAGCAUUCAAGGUGAUUUUUGGAAACCUGACAGGGAAGGCCUACACUGAAACGACUGUCACUUAAGAGAAAUUAUUUCACUUUUAGAACUAAAACUUAUAUAUGACCUACACAAAAAAAAAAAAUGGAGCAGCAGAACAGACCCCAGACCUUCACAAACCUCUUUUUGACAUAUACUUUAGAAAAAUCCCACAAAUUCUGGUUUUAGUUUUAUGGGGUAUAUGUUUUUCAAAUAAAUUAGGGAAAUAAAGCAUCUGUAAGCACAAAUAUAUCUGCAUUUAGCUAUGACAAGUGUUACUACCAAAAUGUACAUAUGUUAGACACAUAUGAAUCUUCCAUCAAAAUGCUUGUGGACUUCCACUCAGCCGUGAGGUUUUCACUGUAUGUUCAUAUUUACCUAGAGCAUAAUAAAGUUACAGACAGUGAGAUUGCUCUAAUCCUGGGAUGCUAUUUUGGACAUAAAAUGCUCACUUAAAAAAAAAAAAAAAAGAAAAUGAGAACUGUAGCUGUCUGUCUGCUUAUUGGUUAUCAAAUUUGGCUGUAAGUUCAGUUAAUGCCCUCAUACAAGCCUUUCAGUAGUGGUUACAAAUAUUGUAUUAGGCAUGUCAUGGAAAGAAUGCUACACAAUACAAUAAAAUGGUGUCACAAGCUCCUGAGUAAAAUAUUUUUGGUCCUUUUUAAUUCAAAUAGCAUAUUCUUUUGGAAUUUCAUACAUGUAGAAAAAUUGCAGAAGGUGGGGAGAUGAAGAUUUCCUUCCACUGGAGUAAAAAAUGUGAGGGUUUUCCAUAAAACUGUUUUGUUUGAAAGGACCCUGAGCAUUAGAUGUACAUUGAUUUCUCCUGUCCCAGUCACCUUCACACCAAGAGUUUUCUUGGGAGUGUAGAAUGAAAAAAAUUAUCCCUAAGUAUCCCUCUGUAGCUCCUCGUUUGUCCUGGACAUCCUGCCUUUGCUUGGCGGACCCUGUCAGUGAGUUCACAGCCCUGGGGUUUUGUAGGAUCACACUUUGAAGGUUGGAAAGGACGGGUCCUUGGACAUUAAGAAAAUGCUUUGCACUGAGAAGGCGUUUGGUCACAGGCUCCUCAGGGAAGUGGUCAUGGCACCCAGCCUGUCAGAGUCCAAGGAGCGUCUGGACAGUGCUCUUAGUAAUAUGGUUUAGUUUCAGGUACUCCUGUGGGGAGCAGGGGUUGGACUCAGUGAUGGAUAUGGGUCUUUUCCAUCUCGAGAUAUUCUAUGAUUUGAUGAAUCUAUGGCCUUGAGAGAUCAGCUAGUCAAAAUAUUUGCUUGAAACAGGGCUACCUUGAAGUUAUCUUUAGAUACUGUUUCUUCAUAAAGUGCAGAAGAUCAGGUUUUCAAAGCUGGAUAGUGUAAAAACAGACUGUGCCCACUGUGGCCUAUUUCAUUUAAAUUUGAUCAGAAGUGGACUCACAAAGAUAAUAUUUCUUUUCCAGUAUGCAAUGGACCAAGUACAAAUGCCACCUUUUCCCUCCUUUCAUAACUGUUACUGCUUUUUGAAUCUUUUUCUCUCAAACAGCAGAAGGUUUCAGAGCAGUGUCACUUUUGUGUUCACAAGGCCUUAAUACCCUAGUUUAACAAUUCACUAUUAGGAAAUUAUUUUAGACUACAAAAAAUUCAAAUUAGGAGGACAAAGAACUUCAUAUGCUAUAGUCAUUAGUUUUAAAAUGCUGUUAUUUACGUUGCUAUGAUGAGUAGAAAGUGCUUUUCCAAAACCAUACAUUAUUUUAUAUCUUAUUCACAUGUCCCAGAAAAGACAAUUGCCUAGUGCACUGUGCAUUUAGGAACUCUCUAUUCUCAGUUUGCCUAAGUAUAUCCUGGCCUCCUAAUGUCUGUCUCUAAAUUAAAAAUAAAUAAAAAAACAAA